GUCGCUCAGACUCGGAUCACUCUUUCGUUCUCUUUCGACUUCCAUUCAACAAUGUCUGCCUUGGAUGAGCUCGUCCAGCAGACCGACCCACCACCACCACUGCCGCUUGCACCAGAUGACGAGCGCCCUUCCUUAACAUCAUCCCCAUCAUCGGAGCCGUCAACGCCGCCUCAGGCUCAGCCACCGCCGCAGCGCCCACCUCGCCCGAAUGCGCCCUCCUUACAGCAAGCGGCUGCGACGACCACUACAGCCGCGCCACCACACCGACCAACCUCGAACAUCUUCAUCCCAUUGAACACAAGCAAUGGCGCCACUGCCGCCGGGGCUGAGCGUCGGCGUGAGGAAGCAGACCAGGACCAGGACCAGGACGACCAGGACGAGGACGACGAUGUUGUCGAGGCACUCUCGCCGCUGCGGCCCCAGCAGCUGCAAUAUCAGCAGUAUCAGCAGCUCGGAGGAGGAGCAGCUGCGAUGCUGGCGAGGCCGCCCUCAGCCGCGAGCAUUGUCGGACCGCUGGCUGGAUAUGGAAGCGUCUCGUCCGUGUGCCCGCCGCUGCCAGACCAGUCUGCACUGCGCGUCGCAGUCCAAGGCGCCGAGAUGCGAUCGUCCGCUGCAGAUAACAAGAAAUUGUUUGCUACGUAUCGCAUCGAAGUGUCGAGCUCAGUGAUGGGGCGACGGUGGACAGUAUUCAGGAGAUACAACCAAUUCUACUCGUUGAACGAGUCACUGCGAAGAUCCAUCAAAACUGCGCUCCCACUCUUUCCAGGCAAAAAGGCUCUUGGCAAUAAGCGACCCGAAUUCAUCGAAAUGCGAAGACGAAAGCUGGAGCAGUACAUGCAGGAGCUCUUGUCGAUUCCCAACUUGCCAUCCCUGGUUGCCCCGUUCCGCGAAAUUCUCGAGUUUCUCGAGGUCUUUCCUCCUACAGCAUCCUACCUCACAUCCUCAGAGGCCACCACCGUCUCCAGCCCAUCACGGGAACACAGCGGGACGAUUUCUGCUGGCUCCAUGAACCCGCUUUACUCGCCGUCCGUUCAUUCGACUUCCUCCAACGCAUCUUCUCCGAGCAGCACACGAGCCUCGUCUCGAGCCACCUCGCCCGCACCGUCACUAAGAUCAAGCAGACUGCCCUGGAGGCGAAGGCGCGCGUCUCAGCAAACAAUCGAGUCAAACACAGAGCCAGUUGUUUCUGUCGGCAGAGUGCGCGACAGCGUCAUGGACAUCUCAGACCUCCCAGACGACGAAGAGUCCGACGACGAUGAUUCCAUCAAGCCUCUCUUUGUCACCAUCAACGUCUAUGGCGACUUGCGCGACUUUGAAUACCGCAUGGACGAAGACGAGAACGACGGCGACAGUUUGAAGGACUUGGACAAUGCUGCCAGCGUCAUGGCUGUCGGUGGCACUGUCAAGCCUCGUGCUUCCUCGCGCACGCGAGUUGGCAGUUUUCUUUUAGUGGAUUUGAAUGAUUUAGUUGGAACACACGAGCCAGUCACCAGGCGAGGCGGGUCAACAAUCUCCUCAGGAACGGUCGAAGACAACGUGUUGGCGGGCGUGCAGGCGUGCUUGCUGAAUGCGAUUUUCGACAAUAGUCCUUUGGCAUCCGCCGAGUCUUCGUCACUGUCAAACUUGUCGGAGCUGUCGGCCGACCCGUUCGAUUCGAAAGUGUCAUCGCCCGACGAUGUCACAGCGGUGGUUCCUUUGACACCGCCUUCGUCUUUGGCCAGCCUUCCUCCGACGAGUCCCACCGGGCGACUGUCGUAUGUUCCUGAGGAAGAAGAUUUUGGCGAGCAGGAGACUGGCGAGAGCCCCAAUUGACGAGAGUCAGCGAUCAACCGAAUCAAUAUCCAGCGCUGCUGCCGAGUGAUCUCAACGACGCUGUUUCCCAUCGAGCCACCCAACAGCCACCAGUCUCUUUGGCAACGCUCUAACUUGAGCGCGCGCUUCUCACCAUCCUCUAUCUCCCAGUCCCGACAUUCAUUCAUCCAUUCAUUCAUUUAUUGUUGUUAAUCGUCUCUCAUCCAGCUGCGUGUGCUUUUUUGACCAAGCUGCUUACCUCGACUCGUCCAUUAUGUUGUUAUUAGUCUUUUGUAUUGCCAUUUUCCCCAAAUGUAUAUUUUCCUUCUCAGUC